AUGGCUAUUGCACUGAAAUCAUCUUUCUUCUUGCAAUUGAAGAAACCUGAAACAGGUUUCAAUAAUCUCAGUUUUUCCUCCAACAAUGUUUCGAUAAUCUCAGCUAAAAGGUACACUUCGGUUUCUGCUAUUGCUAACAGGACUAUCGAAGCAGUUAGCAUCUCUGAAACAUUCAACAGCCUCAAGAAAGAAGGAAAAGUGGCGUUAAUUCCAUACAUCACAGCUGGUGAUCCCGAUCUUUCAACCACAGCAGAAGCAUUGAAAGUUCUUGAUUCAUGUGGAUCUGACAUUAUUGAACUCGGUGUUCCAUACUCUGAUCCUUUAGCAGAUGGUCCUGUUAUCCAGGCUGCUUCUACAAGAUCUUUAGCAAGAGGAACUGAUUUUCAUGCGAUUAUUUCUAUGUUGAAGGAGGUUGUUCCAGAAUUAUCUACUCCAAUUGCGUUGUUUACUUAUUACAAUCCAAUUCUGAAACGCGGUACUGAGAGAUUUAUGUCCAUCCUAAAAGACACUGGUGUUCAUGGGCUUGUAGUCCCUGAUGUUCCUCUGGAGGAGACAGAAACUUUAAGGAAAGAAGCUAAGAAGAAUGGAAUCGAACUGGUACUUCUCACAACACCUACCACUCCGACAAACAGAAUGAAAGCCAUUGUUGAUGGUGCAGAAGGAUUUGUCUAUCUUGUGAGUUCUUUGGGGGUCACCGGAACUCGAGCAUCAAUUAGUAGCAAAGUUCAGAGUCUUCUGAAGGAAAUUAAAGAGGCAACACCUAAGCCUGUGGCAGUUGGUUUUGGGAUAUCAACAGCGGAGCAAGUGAAGCAGGUAGCGGGAUGGGGUGCUGAUGGUGUGAUUGUUGGAAGUGCUAUGGUGAAGUUGCUUGGUGAGGCCAAAACUCCUCAAGAGGGAUUGAAGGAAUUGGAAAUUUUCACCCUCUCUUUAAGAUCAGCACUUGAUUGA